AUGUCAUUUCUUUUCCUCUUCCACGAGUUCCUCUUCAUCUUUAGCUUCAAAACAUACAUCCGUGAUCCAAUCCUGCUUAUCAGACAAAAAUUCAGAAUAGAAUUAUCUCUUUAUCAGCAGUUCGUCCAACUUGCUGGACUGCCUCCUAAUCAAAAGGCUUCUACCUUGCGGCCUCUCUCUUUCAGGCCUCCUCUUCUUCCUCUACUUGAGGCAGGCCUGACCAUAAGUACCAACCUGCCCUUAAUCUUUGAGACACCAGUAGCUAGCGUGGUAGGGCUAGGAGGGGGCUGGAGUGCUCCACCUCGCGUGAUCCCCCUUCUUACCCCGCGUAGGGGUUCGUCGCAUGCGGGCCAUCGAGGAAGGGCCGGAUGGGUAGGAGGGGAUGGAUCGGGGAAGCUGAGUGCACGCCAGAAUUAG